AUGAAGAGCUCUUCGGGUGCCGAGUUCAAGCUGAGGGUCGUGCAGAGCCGGGUGGAUUGGGAUGCACCGAGGCAGAGAGAGGGGUCCCGGGGUGCUGGCCUCCAGGGAGAUGCCCGACGCCCCAGUUUAUAUCUGUGGGACCCGCCCGUCACCUCCCCGGCCGACCUGUGCCAUCUGACCCAGUUGGCAGAGAAGGCGAUUCCACCGUGGCUGUGGCCGGAUUUUGGGUGUGGGAAAGAAUUAGCUCUCACCCCGGGGCAUGGGAGCAGCCAGAUAAGGGGAGUUUGGACCAUCAUUCCCUUAGGUCGCCUGGGGAACCAGAUGGGCCAGUAUGCCACCCUGCUCGCCCUGGCUCAGCUGCAUGGACGCCAGGCCUUCAUCUCCCCUAAAAUGCACAAGAUGCUGGCACCCAUCUUCCGCAUCCACCUGCCCGUGCUGUACCCAGAGGCCUACAAGAAGAUGCCCUGGACCCACCUGCGGCUGCACGACUGGAUGUCACCUGAGUACCAGAACCUGCAGGAGCCUUGGCUCAAGUUCUCGGGCUACACCUCUUCCUGGACCUUCUUCCAUCACAUCAGGGCACAGAUCCUUCAAGAAUUCACUUUGCAUAGCCACCUGCGGGAGGCGGCCCAGACACAGCUCCGGGCCUUGAGGGUGCGUGGGGGCCGGCCUGAGACCUUCGUGGGUGUCCACGUGCGCCGCGGGGACUAUGUGCGGGUGAUGCCACGGCGUUGGCGGGGUGUAGUGGCCGAUCGGGGCUACCUGCAGCAGGCCCUAGACUGGUUCCGAGCCCGUCACCCCAACCCGGUCUUCGUGGUGGCCAGCAACGACAUGGCCUGGUGUCGACAGAACAUUGACACAUCCCAGGGCGACGUGGUGUUCGCGGGGGACGGCCGGGAAGGGUCCCCCGGGCCGGACCUGGCAUUGCUCACCCAGUGCAACCACACCAUCAUGACCAUCGGCACCUUCGGCUUCUGGGCCGCCUACUUGACCGGCGGUGACACGGUUUAUCUGGCCAACUUCACCCUACCCGACUCCCCAUUCCUCAAGGUCUUUAAGCCCAAGGCGGCCUUCCUGCCUGAAUGGGUGGGCAUCCCCGCUGACCUGUCCUCCCUUCAUUAG